ACUUUUCUUGUUUGCUUGUUCAAUUUGUGUAUGUCAUGAUGGUUGGUGUGAGUAGUUGUGCAUUAUAAGACCUCGAGGAGUAUGAAUCCAGGGCAUCCUAGGAAUUUUUAUUACUUGUAUGAACUAAACCAUCAAGUUUUUGGCGUCGUUGCCGAGGAUUUCUAAUAAUAUAUAAAAGCAUCUAACCCUCUUGUGUCUAGUAUUGAGUCCUUUUUGUUUUGCAGGUUUUUGUACGAGUCCAGUAAGUACUAUAAGAAAAUCCUAAAGAUCGUGGAAGAGAUACUUCAGGAAGAAGGAGCAUCUAGUUCACCAAUCUUGAAGACGAAGGAAGGAGCAUCUAGCUUAGGAGGAGAAGAAUCGUCAAGCCCCACCAAUUUUUAGUAAGACUUUGAAGAGGAGGACAUCAUUGACGAAGACAACUUCGAUUCGUAGGUAGAAGGAGCAUCUUCAACAUUGUUGCUGGAGAAGAAGAACAAAGACAAAUGGUCGUUCCACCAACUCUUUAUGAGUACUCAAGGCCAAGAGCAUCCAACAUAAUCUCAAGAAUUAUUGUGCCACCAAUGACCAUAGAGAUCAGAACUCAACUCAUCUAGAUGGUGCAAAAAGCAAGGUAAUUUGGAGGCAGGAAUGAUGAUGAUCCGUGCAACACUUGAAGAAAUUCUUAGAGAUCGUCGAUUCCAUACCAGGAGUUGAUGCUACCAAAGAUGGAUUUCGACUACAAAUUUUUCCAUUCUCACUUAGAGGAGGAGAAAAGUAGUGGCUCGAAUACCAUCCAUCAAGAACCUUCACCACUUGGGAAACCCUUUCACAAGCAUUCAUCGAGGAAUACUUUUCACCAUGGAAGAAAGAAGAACUUAAAGAUGAGAUUGCUCAAUUUCAACCUAAGGAAGGAGAGACUUUCUAUGAUGCUUGGAGGAGAUUCUAGAAGUAUAUCAAAGCAUGCCCCCAUCAUGGAUUCACACCAAAGCAAAUUGCAAAGUACAUUUCCAAAGGCCUUGAUCAAGACACCACGAUGAUGGUAAACCAUUUAGUUGUUGCAUAUUUCACAGCAAUGAUGGGAGUGCAAUGUCAAGAGCAUUUUGCCACGCUAGCAAGGAAGUCAAUGAACUGGUGUAAGCGUCCAUCAAUAAAUAAAUCAUUGAAAGAUGCCCAAGGAAGAGGAGAUGAUGUCGCUACCCUAUGCGCAUACAUGAAAGAGCUCUCAAUAACUAAUGGAGCCAAAGAAUGGACCGGUGACAUCCUUGUUUGUUUGUGAAGCAUAUGUAGAAGAAGGUCGUGAAGGAUUCGAGUGUUAUAGCCAAUAAGGGUAAGGACAUUCUUAUGUCAAUUAUAUAAAUCAAGGAUAUCAAUCGAGACCGCAAGAAGGUAUCUAUGCUCUUUAUCAAAGAUUCAACCAACCUUGCAUACCAUAUGGUCAAUGGCCUGCUCCAGGAGAGAAGAUGAUCGAUGAUUACCCCAACAUAACCUCUAGCAAUGCAACCAAUGUUCAUGAAGCACAAUGGUAAAAAGAAACCAAGUCCAUCUGGAUAUGGAAAUCAACCUCAAUACAAGGGGCAAGGAGAAGGUGUCUCCAAUCCGCAACACACCAAAUCCGAGAAGCUAGAGGCAAUAGUGAUAGGAUUGCAAACGAGCUACAAGAAUAUUAAGAGACAAUUUGCACUCCUAAUCAAUGGUCAACCUCAAAAGCCUCAAAGAAACCUCCCGAGGAACACAAAAAACAAUCCAAAGAAGGAGGAAGUUAAGGUCAUCUCGACUAGGAUGGGAGCAGCCAAGAAUUUCCAAAACAUGAAAAAGGAAGAAGAGAAUGAGGAAGCUGACUAUCCAUCCCUCUUCAGAAUCUAAUAGAAGCUUUUGGAGGAGCAGAAUUGGCACUGCCAAUAUUGGAAAAGAUGAUUUCAAUGGAGUAUCUCAAAGGAAAGCUGGAGAUCUUCAUGGAAUAAGAUGACAGGAUUGAAGAAAAAGAAACCCCUUAAAGAAAAUCCCUUGGGGCGUUGCAGAAUUCAUCCUAGUUAAUGAAGUAAAGGAAGAUUCUAGGAAUAUCAUUAGCACAUGUCUCAUGGAUGACCAUCACGUGAAAAAGAUCUAGUUGACCUUGGAUCAAGUGUCAACAUACUACUAUUUCAUAAAAGAGAGAGCGUUCCAUGGGAGGAAGCCACGACAAUAAGUGUUCUAAUGAGAAAAUGCUGGUAUCCAAACAAGAACGGGAGAGGAAGCCACGAUGGUCCCCACCACGGCAGCACCGCCACUCUCCCUCCCUUUAAAAGGAAAACACCCCACUCACCUUUAUUUUUCACUUUCCCCUCUCUCUCUAGCCGUAAAUCCUCUCCCUUCUCUCUAAGCCUCAAAGUAAGCACCCAUGAUAUUUAGAAGAAUUUAGGAGAUUGAACCAUUAAUUUAGGGCUUCGAUUGAGGAUUUCAGAGUUUAAAGUUCCAUGAGUCUGGUUGGAAAGUCUUUUGCAAUUUACGACCUCUAUUAGGCACAAUCAAUGUUUAUGAAUGAAUGGUGAUUGCUUAAAUGAUUAUAAAUAAGACUGUGUGGUGCUU